AUGAAGCACUACGCAUACCCCAGUAACGAAAAUGAUGUGGCGAAUUUCGACAGAUACAGAAGCAACGCUCAGCGAGUCAGAGGCGUACCUGUCGCCAGGGCACUACCGAUGAUCCGAGACUCGUUCAUGGUGUAUUCGACCGCAACCAAAACGUUCACGCCCACGACCCAGUCGUACUGGAUCUCUCCGCUUUUGUUCAAUCCACACGAAAACAGUACGCCGUUUGCACGCAACACCGGCCCAAACCACACGAUUCGGCAGCUGAACAACGGUAUCGUUCAACAAUACAACAUCCUUAUCUCCCGGUACUUGAACGACUUAUACGACCCUCAAAGCAGGAAGAUGUACACGAAGGGGUUCGCCUCGUUCGCCAGCAGCGGGUUGUUGGACGCCAUGAACGGUAACGGCUUUCCGGACUUUGCGCUGUUCCAGUACCCGCAAUACGAAACGAUCCGUAACCAUGCCCUUGCAGGGGGUCCGGAAAACAACUACUGGGAUAGAGUUCGUACCAUGUAUGAAAACACGCAGACGCCGCCCGCGGUCGCGCAGGAGGUGUUGCGUCGACACUACGAGCUACCGAGACGGAACGGCGUGCUCAGCGCCACUCUGGCGUACGUGAUGAAGACGAUGACGUCGCGCGUGCACCCGCAGAGCGGCGUCAAGCUCCACGAGGUAACCAACCUCCAGUCUAUCGGCUCCCACGUUCUUGAGAAGUACCGCGCGUGCGCCCCCAUGCACCUGCGCAUUUUCCGGGCGUUCCUUAAGCGCUGUCGUCUGUACAAGAAGAUCAUCAGUCGCGUGACAACAGCACCCGGAGCUUUGGACACGAUCAUCACACAGCGAUUCAAGAUCGGCCCUGACACUGGCGAGGCCAAGGUUGUCGAAGUCGAUACCGAUCCGUUCACGGUAUUUGCCAAUCCAAUCAUUGAUGAUGCGAUUACAGUGGGUGCUAACCACUCUGAAAUCGUGGGCAGCUACUUGGACGAGAUUAUCAACGGCCUAACUUCUCUAGUCGCGGACAUCACCGCGUUGCAGACGGAGCUGCAAGAAACCGACUCGACCAAGGCGGUCUUCUUUGACGUGCGCAAGGAUUUCACCAAGACAUUCUUGGCGAACGAGAAAGAGCUGCCGUUCGCUGCUCCUUCCGUGCUCGCCAUGGGCCUCGGUCCUGAAACGCGCGUGACGAGACCAUACUUUCUCGGAGGUUCUUCCCAGGUAAACAACAAGUUCGCGUACGGUAUUCGAUCCGUUUUGCUCACAGACUUCGAUCUGUCCCGCUCAAACAAGGACACAACCCCGUACUUUAAUAAGCUUGUAGAGGACUUCAAUGCCAUCAGCAAUAGAAAUAACGACCUCGACAUCACCAAAUACGAUGAAACACUGCGUUAUGUUGGUCACGCCCUGAACUACGUGUACGACCUCCGGUUCUACAAUGGCGAAAUUAGUUUCAGCGCUUUUGAUGAGCUAUAUCGUCCAGAUGGGGACAUAAACGUCCAGCUUUACCAGGAAAGGAAUUCUCCCUCGGACUCUUUGGCUUUGGUUGAGAACAUCAGCGCGGCAGAUAGUCGAAAUAAGGUUGCCGAACAUAUCAAGGCGACGAUUGAACUGGGUGCACGCGCCGCGAUGCACGCCGCGGCUGUUCCCGACAGAGUUAACAAUCCGCGUCGACAGGUGAUGGUGAUCAACCUGCUCGAUAUGAACAUCAUGCCGAUCAACGUUCACGCGUUGAUACGUGACAUUCCGUUGGCAAACAUUUACAACUACGCCAUGACAUUCGACGAAUAUGUCGAUCGGACGUUACCCAAUCCACAAGACCCUCCUCAAAAUGUUCCCGCUACGCUUGACGGCGCUUUCAAGCAACUCCUCAAGAACCCAUACAAUGACGCGGCGGCGGAUAUGAACUUGGCUAAUGGGUCUCAAGAUUUCAGGUUCCUCGAUACGAUCAUCCACAAGGACUACGGCAAAGCCAACAGAAAUGAUGAUGCUGCUUAUCGGCUUUUAUGCACACAACGAUUCAACACGAAGGUUAUCCGUGAUCUUACCUUCUUGGUCGCUGCGCAGAUCCUGAUCAAGCAGAACGUCAAGACUCAGCUCGAAUUCAUCAACACUGCGUGGGUUGGACGUCUACGGACGUGA